CGGGCUUUCGUUCAACCGGCCGAUGAUGAAGAAAAGCUACCCCAGUUCUCGACCCAGCAGCUGUAGGGCUUUAGGUACGGAAUACGUGCAGAGAGCCCGGCGGCACGGCAAAGUACAGACGGUACUUGAAUAUACUGGUACAUGCAUUGUACAUAUUUCGAAGCCCAUAGCGCUCGUUACACGUGUUGCACCCUUCCCCCCCUUGUUCCCCCUCCCCACCAAGAAACCCAGCCUCCGUCGUCCCACCAUCACCGAUCGAGUCGAGUUCGAGUUGUCUCUCUUGCAGCAUGCAGGAGGAGGGAGAGAGUUAGCGAACCAACCCCCAUGCCCCCUCAUUCUCACCGUUACUUUUAGUCCACCACGAGGUACAAUCUCUCUCGGGAGAUCCGUGAGGAGUACCUAGCCUCAAUCCUGCCCUGCCCACCUUCCACUCAUCUGAGAGAGCCCUUCCAUUUGGGUUUGCUUGUGUGCUGUGCCAGCCUGAUAAGCAAAAGGUCUUGCUUCCUGUCCAUUAUGGCAAUUUAGCACCUGUUGCUUGUUCUGUCAGCCUUUUUUUCUUUCUUCUGUGCAUCCCAUCUUGUGUUUCACCAUCCAACCUUCCAAGCGCUAUUACACUCUCACCAAACCAUUAUUUGCGCUUUCUGUCAACCUCUUGCGAAUCACACGACCAAGUUUCACCCCACGGCGUUAUUCAGCUGGUGAACAAAUCUCAAGUAAAAUUAUCCGCCCAACAAUAGCGACUGUGGAAUCCGCCGCUUGUAUACAAUCCUGGAAAUCGCCAUGAUCUUCUGAUACCCAAGACCCCUCUUCAUCGCUCCGCAUGGCUUAUCCGCGCGCUGUUGCUUGAUGUAGUUCAACUGGCUGGCUUACUUUGUUACCCCACGAUCCACAAACGCUUUGUUUCGGCUUCGAUACCAGUCGGUUGGAAGAGAGGAUAGGGUCAGUGUUGGGAGCCGAAACUGAAAAAGAGAUACACACACACACACAUAUAUAUAUAUAUGUCGGUGGUUUGUCAGGGUGGCCUGGAAAAUAACAAAAACGCCAACUACUCUACACCUUACCUACCCAACUAGCUAGCAGCAGCAAAAACUUGCGUAUUGUUCACAUACCUCUCGACACCUCUUUUUUCCCCAUGGACCUCCUAAAUAUCGAGACACGCAGUAGCGGUGCCGACAAUAACAACCCAGCCUCCGGUGACGACCAACAACCACACAACAACAACAACAACAACAACAACAACAACAACCAAACCAGUCGUCUCUGUCGUCGGCUCAACCUCUUUGGUCAUCAUCACGACAACAACGCGGGGGGGGAUGGAUCGAUACAGGGUGCUGGUGGGUUGGAGGAUGAUAUCACACAAAAUGGCAGCGGAAAGAGACAAAGUAGAAAGGUAGUCCCCGGUCUGCCUCGGGCGCCAACUUUCAAGAGGCAGCAGUCCGAGAAACGGCAUCGGCUCGAGCCGAUCCGACCGACGGCCGCGGAAAGGAGGGCAGUGUCAAUGGACAGGAGGGUUGUUGUGCAAGGCAGCAGCAACGGUGGUGGCGAUCCAAGGACUAGCGCGCCGGAUAUUCUCCUUCUUGCGCACGAGGGGGGGUAUUCGUCGCAGUCGCAGUCGGUGCCGCCGCCCUCGUUCCCCAUUGACACUGAUGGGGAAGGCUAUUUCGGGGGGCGAUAUACUGCAGCCACGCAAGGAUUCGACGACCACUCCAACGACGCCGACGACGACGGCGAGGCGAUGUCUGACGACGGCGGCAGGCACUCGGUCACGACGUCGCAGUGGGAGGCCAGGAUCCACGACGAGCUGGAGCAGAUCUGGAUAUUGAACCUGUCGAUGCACUUCCGGGACAAGUCCAAGAGGGAAAAGUUUUUUGUGACGUACCGGCAGCAGGAGCACCUCUGGAGGAGGGUGACGGUUAGUUUGGAUUAUCGUAACGCGCCCGAGGGGAGCUUGGAGAUGGAGCUGGCGGGGACGCGGUUUCAGAGGGAGAAGAGCGCAAAGAUCUACGAGGCUAUUCGGGAGAGUUUGAUGGAUAUUCAGUUUUAUGACACGGUGACGAACCUGAAGCUGCAGACUACGGAUGGGAGGUUGCAUGUGCAUGUUGUGGAGGAUGUUAAUGAGAUCAUCAGCUAUCCAUCAGUUCGUCUGAUCCAGCACACGAGAUGUAGACGGGUCAAGGAGAGGGAGAUGCAGUUUGACUCGCACAUGUCGGGCUUUGUGUACAAGAUGAGGGUGAAUGGGCAGAUACUGAUCAAGAAGGAGAUUCCGGGACCGGAUACGGUGGAUGAGUUUCUUUACGAGAUCAACGCCCUCAACUCGUUGCGCUCGGCGAGGAACGUCAUUCAGUUUUAUGGGGUUGUUGUUGACGAUCGGGAGGAGCACGUCACGGGCAUUCUGAUCAGCUACGCUGAGCAGGGCGCGCUGAUUGACAUCUUGUAUGAUCACGCCCAUGAGCACCCGCCUCUUCCUUGGUCGAUUCGCGAGAAAUGGGCGAGGCAGAUCGUGGCUGGACUGUCGGAGAUUCACGAGGCCGGGUUUGUCCAGGGGGAUUUCACGCUUUCAAACAUUGUUAUUGAUCACAACAGCGAUGCGAAGAUUAUCGACAUCAACAGGCGGGGUUGCCCGGUGGGUUGGGAACCGCCAGAAGCAACGCCGAUGAUUGAGUGUAAUCAGCGGAUCUCGAUGUACAUCGGGAUCAAGUCUGACCUCUACCAACUCGGCAUGGUGCUCUGGUCGUUGGCGACGCAAGACGAUGAGCCAGAAGCACAAGGGAGACCGCUGCAGAUCGCGGACGAUGUGGAUGUGCCGGCGUGGUUCGCGAGAAUAGUGUCCAUUUGUCUGAGCGACAACCCGAGGAAUAGGUUGCAGGCCCUGCAGCUGCUGUCGCUGUUCCCGGAGCCGGAGGAGCCGUUGACUGCCGUUCCGCAUCAUCAUCACAUUCACGAGGACAGUUACGUGCCGCAGGAGUAUAUGUCGGAUAUAUUCUCGAUCACGAGCCAGCCGCCGAACGUGAUGAAUGGGAACAUGGGGAAUGAUUGGCAGUAUAUCGGGCCGAACAGCCCUACCAACCCUUAUGGCGCGGGGACUUUUGCGGAGGAUCCGUAUUUCUACCCGCCGCCGAGGGGGAGGUCGCCGCCCUCGCCGCAGCCGAGCAACCACGAGGAGGAGGGCUGUGAACCGACGGGGAGGUUUGGGGCGAGGAGGUUUAAUACUUGGAGUGUGGGGGAGGGAUGGAAGCCGAUGGUGCCGAGUGUCAGCGAUUUGCCUCCUAGGAGUGUGCUUGGGGAGGAGUCGGACGUGGGGGGUUUCAGGAGGGGAAGGCAGAGGGUUAGCCCAAGGCAUGGGAAGAUUGCGGUUAGUGAUUAUGGGGGGAUUGAUGGAAUGGUGGCGAGUCAGACGUUGGAGAUACCUAAGCAAGGGGUAGGGGUAGGGGUAGGGGUAGGGGAGAAGGAGCUCAAGACGCCCGAGUCGAGGGCGGAUAGUGGGAAGGAUAUGACCGAGUUGGGGAGUACACCCAGAGAUGGAGGUGUGCUGGGGUUGGGGGGCGGGAAGGAGGGGGUAGAGGUUUUGAGGGAGACGGAAAAGUUGUUUCCGAGUACUAACAAAGACUUAGAGCAACCGCUGGCUUUGGAACAACAGGAGGAAUAUACCGCGGUGAUGGGGACUAGUCUGGGGAGGUUGGGCAGGCCGGACGAUUUGAAUAACGUUGGAGGGGCCUUUUCGUUCGACCAAAGGUGUAGGGGAAUGCAGAGGAAGGGAAGUACGAGCAGUGGGAGUGGCGGGAUCGAGGGGGAGAUUGAGGAGGAGGAUGAAAUGGGGGAUGAGGAAGAGGAUGAGUUGGAUAUGGAGUUGGAUGGGGAAUUACCUGGGGAUUUAGAGAAGACGAUUGGGUUGCAGACGCAGCUGCUGUCUGUUCCCUAACGAACGAGGUGGUAAGGUUUAGAUGGGGAUGGUGACAAUGGUGAAUGACUAACGAGCGAUCGAGUCAUUAAAAAAGACAGAUAUCUCUGGACAACCACAGUUGUCUUUUUCCUUUCUCAUACUCUUCUUUUGUUACCAGGGCUGAUGACAUGGGUCAAUGGGGCGCAAGCAAGUUAGCAAGCGAGCGAGUCUGUGUUUAUAUUUUCGUCUCGUUGACUGUUGCGUGAUGGGAUUGGAUACUGGGAGGGAGGCUAGGCUGGGAGGAUAUUGGGCGGUCGCCUGCUUUUGAUGAGAUUAUGAUAUUUAUGCGUUUACUUUCAGGCAUGUUGUUGCGUUACCGAUGAUGAUAUAUAUGAUCUAAUGAUGCUGAUUCAUUUGUUUGGAUGA